GCGCGGCCUCCGCCCCCCCACCCGGCCCUCCUCUUCUGGGGGCGCCGCUCCCAGUGCUUUCGUCGCGUUUCUCCCCGUCCCCACGCCUUCGCUGGAGUAACGAGCUGCCAAGAGGCCCCCGAAUCUGAUUCCUAGGCCGGGGUGGGGAAAGUCAAGUGCAAAGAGAGCACAAAGCUAAGUGGCUGAACUGGUUUUGAACCCCGGCAGUCUGGCGAGAGCCCACACUCUCCUUCACUAAAGUAAAUUGCACUUACCAUGAUGGGAAUAUCAGCUUUGAAUGUAGAAAGCCAGUGCACUUGACAGAGGGGUGUGCACUCGGGCAACCCAGGUCUUUUUGCCUUGGUGAGGACAGGUAAGAAACUUGGAGGCUGACUGUGUGUAUAUGGAAUCUCAGACUUCUCUCUAGUCAGUGAUUCCAGAUCUUUGGAUUUGACAGACGAAACAAAGCAAGAAAACAAAAGCCACGUGCCUACAAAGUUGCAGCUUUAAUUUAUGCACCCUAAGAACACUCAGAACACAACUAUCGUCUAUUAGCACCAUCAUUUCAUAAAAGCAAGUGCAUUUGAAUUCUCAAAAUAAGAAAGACCUCAUCUAAAUCAAAAGCAGUCAUUCCCGAGAAGGGACAGUCAUUGACUUCACACCAACAAAUGGACUUCCCUCUGUGUUUUUUACAUUGUGCUGUGGACUAAUGAAAUAUCACUCUGGGGAUGGCCUCGGCCUCUUCAUCCCUCUGCAUCAUUUGAGAGCAGAACCAAAAGAAGUGGGCUUUAGGUGUAGCAGGAAGGAGUUAGGUUAAAGCCAAGAAGAACACUCAUUUGGAAGCUUUUAAAGAACAGGUGAGCACUGCAUUUGCUUAGGAAAAGAGGGUUGCAGAAUCAAGUCCAUGGACUGGAGAGGUCAGCAGCUAUGGGUCCUACCCCAGGGAAGGGCGGGAACCUUGUUCUGAAGGACCUGUCCUCAGAUCCACUAGGGUAGCCUUGGAACCUAAAGCGGUCCCAUCAGGCAGCCAUUUCCUGCCUGGAGUUCAUGGGGCAUCCAUGGGCCUCUGUUACCCCUCCUUGCAGAGUCCAUGUAGUCAUCCACCUUGGGGCUGGGUUGAGUGCUACAAAUGAGCUUGAGGAGGGCCGAGGACAGUGGAGAGGAAAGGAAAAGAACAGCCACCUGGGAGUGUUGCCUACAGCCUGGGGUGUGAUGGGUGAAGGCUCUGAGCAGUCAGGCCUGGCUGGCUGCAGCAGCCUUGAGGAUGCUAUUUCCCUAUCUCCCCGCCUCCUUCAAGCCCAGGUGUAGCCCAUGACCUAGAACCUUCCAACAGGAGCUCAAAGCCAGGCAGGUGAAGACCUAUUCUGGUACAACGAUGCUCCAUGCUGGCUCUGGGCCUGAGCCUGGCUCAGGGCCUGUCACCUCCCUGUUCUGUACGAGGAGGCGAGGCCACAGGUAUGGGGACGAGUGGGGAAGGAGAGAAAGAGAGAAGGGUCUGCUCUCACCUGCCCCAUCCUAUUGGGGGAGACCAAGUCCUCCAAAGGUGGACUCUCAUGUUUCUGGGAUGGUGGCAUUUUCUGACUCCACAGGAGGCCUUCAGGCCUCAUCUCAUCCUGUAGGGAUGGCGUGGGGUGGGGUGCCGAGCACUGGGGUGCGGGGCACUGGACUGUGGUACUCCCAGAUUUAGGCCCCCAUCAUGUAAAGGCAUACAUCCACCCAAAUUGUAAUCCUGGAGUUAUAGAAUGGUAAAUGUGGAUCACCGCAGGUUGCAAACAGUCACAGAUUGUGACCCAGCAAGGGCAGUCGCUCCUCCAGGGUCACACUGGUUAAAUGGGCCUGGAGCCCCGUAACCAGAUUCCUCAAGUCCUCAAAGAAUGACAGAAGUCAUGAUUUGAGCACCUACUAAGUGCAAGACUCUACUGGAUGUUGGAGAUGCAGAGAGAGCUGCCCUCAAGAGCUUCUGGCCACACAGGUAGAUCCUACCCACUAUAGGGGAACUACAGUUUCUGGAAGGUGAUGGGUUUGCCUGAGGACUGCAAAACUUCAUAAAGUGCUCCCCUUGAUGGACGGGGUUCAUGCCUGCAGAAACACCCCGAGGCCCAGCAGUGAAUCUGUGGUGAAGAAAUCAAAGAUGGGAGGCCAGAGAGUGAGAGAAUGGUAUUGCCAAUGGGCACAUCCCGAACACCCCUCCCAGAAACUUCCAAAGGAACCAGCCCAGAAAUCGGGCCUCUGCUGCCCUCUAAUGGAGGAAGUCAGCCUCUAGAGCUGCCUGCUGGGGCCCAACCAACCUGGCUCCCCUAAGGAAAAGGGGAUGUGAAGGACCUUCCUGCCCCACCCCCAGACUUUUUAUUCCCAUAGUCUUGAGCUUCAUUUCCGACAGCCUGUGAAGCUGAACCUUCUUCUCCCCUUCCCAGCACUCCUGGCUGCCCCGUUUCCUGAUCACCGCCCUCUAUCCCGUUUCCCCAGUUUCCUUUGUUGCCCAGGUUCUGAUUCUGGUAUCCUGGUUCCUGGCCCUGCCAGAGUUCUGGUUCCAGAAGGCCCUUGCCAGGUGCCUUGGGCCUAGCUCCCACCCGGGCGCAAGGCCACACUGAAGACAUGGGUAUGAGCAUCCCCCAGUACCUGGGGCAAAUGGACAUCCGAAAAGGUGUAGUGGGCUUGGCCACAGGUGCUGGGUUCAUCUACCUGCUCUACAAGGCCAUCAGGGCUGGUAUCAAAUGCCAGCCGCCCCUCCACACUGCCUCACCCAUCUGCAUCGCCCGUGAGUGUACGGGCCCUGGGGAGAGGGCUCUGCCCCAGGAGGCACCUGCUCCCGAGGCCUCCAGUGUGGGAGGGCCCAAAGGCCUGGCAGUCGAGCGAGAGCGGCACGGGCGGGACUCGGGUGAGCUCCGGAGGCUCCUCAACUCUUUGGAGCACAAACAGGAUGAGUACGCCAAGAGCAUGAUCCUGCACAGUAUCACGCGCUGUGUGUACUUGCUGGAGGCUGAGGCCUCUUCUUGUACUACUGAUGACAUCAGCUUGGUGGGCUCCAUGCUGGAUGACAAGGACAACAGUGUCAAAAUCCAAGCUCUGAACACACUUAAAGCUUUCUCUGGCAUCAGAAAAUUCAGGCUUAAAAUCCAGGAACACACCGUCAAGGUACUGGAACUGAUCUCCACCAUCUGGGAUUCGGAGCUGCAUGUUGCCGGCCUUAGACUCCUCAACAGCCUCCCACUGCCUGACUAUGUACAUCCACAGCUGCGACGGGUGAUGCCUGCCUUGAUGGAGAUCCUGCAGUUAGAAUAUAUCCUGGCACAGGUGCAAGCCAUACGAUUGCUGAGCUACCUAGCACAGAAGAACGACCUUCUGUAUGAUAUUCUCAACUGCCAGGUGCACUCCAACUUCCUGAACCUGUUUCAGUCCACCCAGCCAGGGAGUCUGCUGUUCGAGGUACUGGUGUUUGCUGAGCGGCUAAGUGAGGGCCGGAAUUCACCCCACUACCGUGCCGUGAAGUGGCAUUACAAUGAACAAUCUCUUCAUGAAGCUCUCUUUGGGGAUGAGUCCCGACUGGCAGACCGGCUGCUCGCCCUGGUCAUCCACCCUGAGGAGGAGGUUCAGAUCCAGGCCUGCAGGGUCAUAGUCAGCCUGCAGUGCUCCCAGGAUGUGGGAGUCCGGCCCUCCUCCUGCCGGCCCAGUCAUUCCUACUUUAAUAGCGGGGAAUAAAAUUAAGGAGAGCCCAUAAAUGACUAUGGGAGAAAA